AUAUUCCAGGGUUGUGUCACUCCGGCGGGGAGCUGACCUGUGAUUGGUCAGUAUCUUCAAACAGAGGAAGUGAUAAAUACCUCCUGGCUAUCGCAACGUUCCGUUGUUCAUUGACUAGUGCCUACUGGUUCAUUGCAUAUACUAAUUAUUCUCUGAUAAGCCAAGCGUCUACCAGCCACCAUGUCGAGCAAAAGGGCCAAGGGGAAGAACACCAAGAAGCGGCCCCAGCGCGCCACCUCAAACGUGUUCGCAAUGUUCGACCAGUCGCAGAUUCAAGAGUUCAAAGAAGCUUUUAACAUGAUCGACCAGAAUCGUGAUGGUUUCAUUGACAAAGAGGACUUGCACGACAUGUUGGCCUCAUUAGGUAAGAACCCUACCGAGGACUACCUGGAGACCAUGAUGAACGAGGCGCCCGGCCCCAUCAACUUCACCAUGUUCCUCACCAUGUUCGGAGAGAAGCUGAACGGCACAGACCCGGAGGACGUCAUCCGCAACGCCUUCGCCUGCUUCGACGAGGAGGCCACAGGUAUCAUCCACGAGGACUCCCUGAGAGAGCUGCUCACCACCAUGGGGGACCGCUUCACCGACGAGGACGUGGACGAGCUCUUCAGAGAGGCCCCCAUCGACAACAAGGGCAACUUCAACUACGUGGCUUUCACACGCAUCCUGAAGCACGGGGCAAAGGACAAGGACGACUGAGGCCGUCCGCACCCGCCGUCACGACAAGACUGUUGGAUUUCACAUGAGAAUUUUCAGCGUAUUUAUUUGGUUCUCGUUUCACUUGACGGAGAAGAGAUUCCAGCACGCAUCACUGUGGUUCGUUUCACUAAUAUGCCCGUGUAGACCCACUAUAGACACACACACACACACACAAUCAUAGUUCAUAUGCACCUCUAUGAUAACACUAUGGGUCUGGUAUAUUGAUUAUAGCUUUAGGAGGGAGGUAUUGGCCCAUCGGUGGGGUAAAACUGGAAAUAAACUCAAACGAAAAUGA